ACAGGCACAGCCACAGGCACAGGGAAGGAUCCAGAAACAAUUUUAAAAAUGGCAGAAUCUACACAGAAACGACAACAAGCGUACGCAAAGUUCUUGUUUGACAAAGUUAAGAAAGGUGAUAUCACACCUGAGGAGAUGCAGACAAUAAGAGAUUUCAAAGUAGAGUUUUCUAAAGGCGUUUUCUUCAGAGCUGUACCCAGCUCCUUUGCCAUGUAUGCAGUUUAUCGAUAUAGGAGUAAAGGAGGAAUAGUUGGACUUGGAAAAUGUAUCUUUUGUGCAGUUGGUGGACUCUUCUUAGGAUUUGCUUUCACACCUACCCAAAAACUUUGGUCCCAGCAGUUGGAGAGGCACAACAUUACAAGGCAGCAUGUACUGGGCAAAAUAGACAUGAUGCAGAAGAAAAACUUGUCAGAAUUCAAUGAAAUGAUGGAGCAGGAUUGGGAGCAUAUUCCAGCAGAUAAAAUAGAGACUCCGAAAAUACCCAAAUUUGUAGAAAGGAUGGAAACAAAGACAGAUGUUGAGAAUGACACUCAGACAAACCAAGGUUCAACAUUUUUAUUUGGGGCUUCAAAUCAAGAAACUGAUCAAUUGGCCAAUGAAGAGGAAGGAUUAAUGGAAAAAAGAAUGAAAAGAAACAGAAGGAAAAUGAAAGAAGAGUCAAAUACAUCAGAAGGAAUAUCAAAUUCAGGAAAAAGAGUCAACAAAUAUGGAGAUGUUAUUGAAUAAUAUUUUGUGCUUUUGAAAUAAACUUAUGUCUUACAAUACAUAGUUAUCAAAAUGAUAAAAUGAUCGCUGAUACCCUCUAUUAUCAUUUAGUCCUAAUGACUGAGCACAUUUCGUCCUUGACAAAAGUAUACAGGAGUUCAUUGAAGAUUUGAGUGCAUAGUGUUUUAUAAGACAUAAAAAAAUGUAUGAUAACUACGGUAUUUCUCUAUUGUAAUAGUUCUUUUAUGUAUGUUUAAAAGCUUGUUCAAAAGUCAACUAAAUAGAUAAUAAUUCAUAAAUAAAAAUACUGUUAAGUAAGAAAAUGUUGCAUAUGUAAAUCAAUUAUGCAAACUUUGCAUUAAUAUAAAACAAUUUUGACUUGUUUUAAAGCCGUUUUAGUACAGUUUUUCAUUGUAACCAUUGAUGGGGCAAAAGGGCAAACAUAAAGAUGGGAGCUA